UUUCGAGUGUCAGCUGACUAUGUGGGAAGGGUCUAGGGCUAGGCUAACCUUUCAACGCGAGUCGUGGACUCCCCGUCCCGGUCGUGUGGACUCCGCCUCUUGCGAUGUUGCGGUGGCUGGUAGGAGGGGGGCGUGAGCCGCAAGGAUUGGCCGAGAAAUCUGUGCAGACCUUAGGUGAAGAACAAACACAAAAUCCCUACACUGAGCUCCUAGUGCUAAAAGGUCAUCAUGAUAUUGUGCGGUUUCUAGUGCCAAUAGAUGAUUACAGGUUUGCAUCUGCAGGUGAUGAUGGAAUUGUGUGUUUAUGGAAUGCUCAGACUGGAGAGAAGCUUUUUGAGCUACAUGCACAUACUCAAAAAAUCAAAGCUAUUGUAGCUUUUCCUGAAUCUUAUGCUUGUGAAGAAAAAUGUCAUAUGAUUUUGACAGCAGGUGCAGAUAGGGCUGUUAUUGUUUGGGAUUGUGACAAUGGCAGGCAAAUUCAUAAAGUGUCCUGCUUUCAUUCCACUGUAAAGUGUUUGACAGUUCUUCAACGGCUGGAUGUAUGGUUAUCUGGAGGGAGUGAUCUGUGUGUUUGGAACCGAAAAUUAGAUCUGUUGUGUAAGACAAGUCAUCUUACUGAUUCAGAUAUCAGUGCAAUGAUUGAAUUGCCAAAAAAUUGUGUGGCGGCAGCUGUUGGCAAAGAAUUGAUAAUUCUUAGACUGAAAACUUCCAAAGAUGGAACUGAAUGGGAUGUCUUUGAAGUGAAACGCCUUCUUGACCAUCAAGAUAAUAUUCUGUCAUUGAUCAGCAUCAGCGAUUUAACUUUUGCAACAGGCUCUCAUGUGGGUGAGCUGAUAGUCUGGGAUGCAUUGGACUGGACAAUGCAGGCAUAUGAAUGCAACUGGGAUGCAUCUCUUCAUGUGGACCCACAACAAGAAAUAAAACUAUCACACAGUCAAAAUAAAAUUUCAAUUCAGCAUUUAGCAUCUGAUGAAAAGUGUGUGUUUGCUGCUGUUGGAAAGGGCAUAUACGUGUAUAACCUUCAAAUGAAGCGUGUGAUUACCUUCCAGAGGACUGCUCAUGACUCUACUGUCCUGCACAUUACAAAAGUUCCAAACAGGCAAUUAAUAUCCUGUUCAGAAGAUGGCAGUGUUCGGAUAUGGGAGUUACGAGAAAAGCAGCAACUGACAGCUGAGCCUGUUCCAUCAGGUUUUUUUGGUAUUUGGGGAUUUGGAAGGGCAACCAAGCAAGCCAACAACACAGCUAAAAAGGCACCAGAGAGCACCACUGUUUAUUCUUUGGAUCUUACUGGGGAUUUGAUUGGUCACUCAUCAGCUGUGCAGAUGUUCCUCUAUUUCGGUGAACAUGGUCUGGCAACGUGCUCUGCUGAUCAUCUCAUUAUUUUUUGGAAAGAUGGAGAACAAGAGUCUAGACUGCGUAGCUUAAUGUUAUUUCAUAAAUUAGAACAAAGUGAAGAUUUGCAGCUUGGGAUCUGAGAUGACUUAACAAGAGAUAAAAGUACAUAUGAAACACAAGUUAUUUACAAUUCUAUGCAGAGUAACUCCAGUCUAAGCAAUUUGAUUUCUCUGCAUAGCGUUCAAAUGUUAAAAUCUCAAAUGCUGAAUAUAAGUUUGUAUUGUAUAUCUUGACUCCUUAAAAUCCUUAUGAUUAAAUAUGUUUUGUUGUCAUUGGAUCUGUAGUUGGUAUUAAUAUACAGGUAGAUUCGUUUAUCCCUCUCAAUCAUUGUCUUCUGGCAGCAGGUGAAGCCCUUUCUGUUUCAUCUGGUAUACUUUUACUG